ACAUAGCAACAAUAUGGCUUGAUCUUUGACCUUUCACCUACAACCCCCAACACAACAAGGAGGGGAAAAUGGCUGCCUCCAUCCCAGGAAUCGUGAAGGCUUUUUGCCGUCUUUCGCCUUCAAUUUUACAUCCAUUACGACAGUAUCAGUCCUGUCUGCAGAGGCUACCUGUAAGAACAUGCCCGGGUCUCUCUCUGUUUGUACCUCCAAGUCGCUUUUUCUGCAAAGCAGCGUCACUCCAGGAUGAGGAUGCUGCUCGUGCUGCUGAGGCGAUCUCUGCCUACAAGGACAGACCCUGGGAUUACCUGGAGAGUGAAGAGUACAUUGAGAGGUAUGGAACCAAUCCAGUGUGGGCAGGCUACAGGAGGAACCACAAAGGAGGCAUUCCCCCACAGAAGACCCGCAAGACCUGCAUUCGAGGAGACAAGAUAUGUGGAAACCCCUGUCCAAUUUGUCGGGAUCCAAACGUUAUUAUCCAUCAUCAGAAUGUUAAACUGUUGCAGCAGUUCAUCAGUCCCCACACUGGAACGGUGUAUGAUCCCACUCGAACUGGUGUGUGUAUGAAACAGCAGAAGAAGCUAAAUGAGGCAAUCAACGCAGCACGUAAUCAUGGUUUACUCCCCUUUCAGAUUCCGUAUGUGGAAUUUUCAGCAGAGGACUACUCAAAUUCCCAUGACGCUGUGGGCUCCACACCACCUCCCCAGUUCUUAACCCCUGGAAACACGUGGUAUAAAUGGUACGGAGAAAUACAGCCUGAUGAGAAUGACGUUGCGAAAGUCAAGAAGACAUACAAGGCUUACUUAAAGUGAUGGAGUCUACAGAAGCCGUCCUGUUGCUCGUGCUGAUGUUUCUGCCAUUCACUCACUGUAGCUGUAUGGUUUGCUGUACACAUGUACAUGUCUACUGGAUAGUGAGUUUCCAGCUUUCAUAUGCUACAGGUAUGAAAAUAAAAACUGCACCAUAAAA